AUUAAUGACAACUGACAUAAUUAAAAUUAUGCCAAAAACAAGUAAAAUUUAAUCGUUAUUAGCUCUGCUAACAUUCGUUCAAUUGCUUCGAUUGCGUAGGCGUCAUUCAUUCGCCAGAAGAAGUUUCCCAUUAAUGUUGAGAUACAAAAAUGUAAUAAAUGUCAAUAAUCGAGGUGAAAAAUACAAGCAAUAAUCGAGGAUUGAAGUCACUUAAUAAUCCUCAAAGAGAAAUGAAGAAUUCAAAUGGAACCGUGACUUUGCUCAAAUGUUCAUUUAGUGCUUCAAUGUUUGUUUGUCAGCCUUGACCUUUUUAAUCAUUUUCACAAAAAUUUUUAUAGCUGCUUUUUUCGUUUAGUUCAGUUUCUUCAAAUAAUAUUCAAAUAUAUUUCCAUGUGAGCCCUCAACUUUCACUAGCUAAUAACUAAAAUGCAAUUCCAGUAAUCAAGUUCAGAACGAAGAGGUUAAUAGGCUUCACUUGAGGAGCUAGCAACCUGAGGAGCUGUGUCAGCUACAGAGUAUGGAUAACGGGAAAGAUUGUGGUUAGUGAAGACCUCUUCUUCUCUUCAAAUUGUUGGAAAGAAAUUUUACAACUUGAGUUAAACUCUAUUAGGUUCGAGUGAAGCAUUGUGGUGCAAUUUCACACAUUUUUGUAUAAAAUUUGAAGCUGCUGGCAUAUGUUUGUGGAAUAUUACAUUACAAAUUUUAAGAAUAUAGUUUAUACUUCGAUUUCUGUGUUCAGAAAUAAUUAUUUGACGAGGCUUUCAACGAUGUUGUCGGCGCAGAUCGUUCCACUGUUGCUCUUGGUCGUUAUAAGUUUCUGUAAUUUCUGUAACGGUGUGCCUGAACAUGACCUUCAGACUGCUAAGCAAUGGAAUUUAAUAAACUGGAACUUCCUACCGCAUGCCCCCGUGAACGAUGUAAAUUUUUAUAACCCAAGCAACGUUGUGGCUACGGGCAUUGCAAUUUCGCACGAUCGCAUAUUUUUAGCAACUCCAAAAUUAUUCAGCGGAGUACCGGCUACUGUUAGUUUUAUGAUGAAGACAGACUUUGAGGAAUCUCCACUACUGCAGCCAUAUCCGGACUGGUCUUAUUCGAUCUCUGGCCGCACAGACUUUAAUUGCAGCGAUUUAAUUUUGAUUUCCGUUUAUCGCAUGCGUAUCGAUUCUUGCAAUCGUUUAUGGGUACUUGACGCUGGUGUUUCACGUUCUUUGGAAGAUUUUGAAGUUACGUGUCCGCCUAAAAUUCUAAUUUUUGAUUUGAAUACUAAUCAAGUACUACGACGUGUGGACUUUCCCAACGAAAUAUUGCGAGGUGAAUCAUUGUUUACGAAUCUGGUGAUUGAUGAAACUACAUCGAGAGGAGCCAAUUGUGAUGAUGUUUUUGUAUACAUUUCAGAUACAGUUGAGCCAGCGCUUAUUGUAUACGAUAGCGACAGAGAUGUGACUUGGCGGCUUACGCAUCCAGCCAUGUUUCCUGAUCCAGAUUUUGCUCAAUCUGAAAUUUUAAACGAUCGUUUUAUUUUAAUGGAUGGUGUAGUGGGUUUAACGUUUGACAAAAAAACAGGCCUUGUUUAUUUCCAACCAUUGGCAACAGAUCGUGUAUUUUCCAUAUCCAAAGAGGUCUUACGCGCUGGUCCUAUACCGCGUAACCAAGUAUUACAAGUCAAAUUGGUGGGUAAGAAGUCUUCACAAGGCAUUGGUAUGGCAAUAUCACCAAUAGACGACAGCCUCAUUUUCAGUCCAAUAACGGAAACUGCUAUUGCUACCUGGAAUCCCACAACUAACACACACUCAAUACUAGCUUUCGAUCAGGAUCGUUUACAGUUUGUUGCUGAUAUUAGUACAACGUCGUCCGAAUCAAAUGUUAUAUAUGCUGUAUCUUCUAAGUUCCAACGUUAUUUCUUAAAGAACAUAAACCCAAACGAAGCGAAUUGCAGAAUUUUGCGUAUCGACCUCACUCCAAAUACGCAUAGCACCUCUUAUGCAUAUAAACCACGUCUGUCUUCAGUUUCUGCACUAAGUAGAUUUUAUCAUAUUAAUUCUGUUGAUAAGUUUAAAUCAGACUAUUUAGAUAGUCCUUUCAAAGUAGCAUCGAGUUCACCAUUUGACUUCGAACCAGUGGGCUUACUACAAUAUUCCUCUAGAAAUCCUUUUACUGCUCUUAAUCAAGGUGAAGCGUUCCCACCCACCAGAGCGGCUAGAAGCAAUUCAGAAAUCUCAUUUUUGGAUAAUUUAAAUAGUUUGCCAAUGGUGGGUACUACAAUUACUUCACAAACGUAUCAUCCCGGGCAUGCGCUGAGCGAAGAGCGGAUACGUAAAAGACCUGUACGCUCGGUUAUUGAUUCACCACUGGUGAUUUAUGCUGAAUUUAUUGCUAUUGGUUUAAAACGAGAAUAUAUGUUAAACACAGUAUCAGCUAAAUUAGCUGCUUGCAUUAACAAGCGAUUAGCGAAUUGCUAUGGACUAAAUCCAUCCAAUCCAUUAAGGAACGACAUUGAAGUUGUUUACCAAUGGAAAGUACUUGAGUACGGGUUUCCAACCGAAACUGAUCGUCAAACUGCCAUAGCAAAUGGAAAUUUAGUAGCAAUUAAUGGAGUGCCAAUCGAUGUUAUGCCUGUAUAUUCAAAAUCGAACUCCAGACUAUUUGUUACAAUACCACGGUUCCAAGGUGGAAUACCCUAUUCACUAGCCACGGUAAUUGCUCGUAAUCGUGGAGGCCCGAUUUUACAACCUUACCCGAGCUAUGAUUUGCACAAUAGUCAUGGAACAAAUUGUGAUGGCAUCACAUCGGCUUUCAGAGUUGCGUUGAAUGAAUGCAAUCAAAUGUGGGUAAUCGAUUCGGGCAUAAUUGGCAGUGAACAAAUGUGUCCACCACAGCUGCUGCUGUUUGACUUAAACACAGAUACACUAUUACAUCGAUUUCGUUUUGCUAAUAAUACUUACAUACCCAGUGCUUCGUUAUUUAUAACGCCCGUUUCGGUUGUAAGCGAUCCACCGCCACGUGGAACUUGUAAAAAUUCCAUGGUUUAUGUGGCUGAUGUUUCCUACCAUGGACUUGUGAUAUACAAUUAUGCACAAAAUAUGGCUUGGCGUGCAGAAAAUAAAUUUAUGUACCCUGACCCUGAUUAUGGCACACAUACCAUUGCUGGCGAAAGUUUCAAUCUCAUGGAUGGCAUAUUUGGUAUGGCCAGCGAUAAGAAAAAUUUGUAUUUCCAUCCUUUAGCAAGCAGAUCGGAGUAUUCAGUGCCGUUAAGUGUAUUAGAUAACCGUGCUAAUUGGGAAAAUAAUUUAGAAUCUUCACCAAAUGAGUUCAGAUCAUUGGGCAAAAGAAAUAGCGAAUGUGCUGCAGAGGCAAUUGAUAGUAUAGGAAAUAUCUACUGCGUCACACUUAAUCCAAUCAAAUUGUUAAGUUGGAAUGUUAACACACCUUAUCAAGCAAAAUAUUUCCGAGAAAUUCCUGUAAGACCAGAACUUCUUGAGUUUGUAAGUGGAAUGAAAGUUGUGAAAAAUAAUGAAGGCAGAGAGGAACUGUGGAUGAUUUCGAAUAGAUUUCAGAAAAUUGCAACUGGCACCCAGAAUCCAAAUGAGAUUAACUUCCGCAUAUUGAAACUCCCACUUGGAAAUCUACAGAAUGGUUUCGGUUUUAAUGCACCCAACGGAGACUUGCAUAACAAAUUGAUGUGGAAACAAAUUUACAAUAUAUUGUUUAUAAUUAUGCUGAUUCUGGUGAUACUCUUUAAUAACGUAUCAGCGCACAAUCCGUCAUAUUCAUAUUAUCCUCCGAGUAAGCCUGUAAGUAAAUAUAAAGAACUAAUAAAGAUUUAUGAAGCAAAAAAUUUGGAAUUUGGAUUUCCCACAUUAAACGAAAGAAUUAAAUCACUGAAUAAUGGCAAUUACGAUCCUGACAGUCCGAUACCAAUCGAUGUUGAUGUCUUCUAUCCAGGCAAUAACAGAAAUCCUUACGUAUUUGUUACAAUACCACGCUUUGGAAAAGGUGUACCCUAUUCGUUAGCAUAUCUCACAGACGUAAUAAAACCAAACGGUACUGAAAUACAACCCUAUCCUAGUUACGACUGGCAUGACUCUCAUGGUGCGGACUGUAAUGAUCUGACUUCGGUGUAUCGAGUGCAGAUUGACGAAUGUGGCCAAAUGUGGAUCUUGGACAGCGGUGAGAUUGAGUUUCAACAGCACUGUCCACCACAAAUUGUUGUGUAUGAUAUAGCCAAAAAUCGCCUUGUUCACCGUUAUCGCUUACCAGAAAAAGUUUAUAAAUCAAGAGUUAGUCGUUUUGUUACUCCAUACGUUGAUAUAUAUGAUCCACCACCACAUGGUUAUUGUAAGGACGCCUUUGUUUAUAUGGCAGAUCCAACAGGUGCUGGUAUUGUGGUUUACAACGUACGUACUGGUCGCUCUUGGCGCAUUGAAAAUAAAUAUACUUAUCCAGAUCCAGAUUUUGGUACACACACAAUUGCUGGUGAAAGUUUCGAAUUAUUGGAUGGUGCUUUCAGUUUCGCAGUUACGCCGCGUGGCUUGCGUCUCCGCCGCUUCUUAUACUUUCACUCAUUAUCACAUGAUUUGCAAGUUGCAAUUCCGUUGGAUGUUGUAAAUAAUGAAACAAAUUGGAAUAGUGGCAUUAGCAGUGCAUUGGAUCAAUUUAUAAAACUCGGUAGACGAGGAGUUCAAUGUGCAGCUUCUGGUAUGACAAAUCAGGGCUAUCUCCUUUGCGGUCUAUUGAAUCCUAUUGGUAUAAUUGGAUGGAACAUACGCACACCGUAUAUAACACAGAACCGCUUACUAUUUGCGGAAAAUCCCACCACGUUGCAGUUUGUCAGUGGCCUAAAAAUAGUAAAAAACCCUAAUGGCAAAGAAGAUGUAUGGAUGGUCUCGAAUAGACUGCAAAAAGCUUUUAGUGGCAGCAUCGACUUUAAUGACAUCAAUUACCGCAUUCAAAAAUGUGGGGUUGAUGAAUUAUUGCUCUACAAGCAAUGCAAGGAAUAAUGCUCUUAACAUUUAAUAUGGUUAAAUGUUAAAAUAACUUGUAUUGAAAUUUUAUAUUAUUAAUGUAAUAUUUAGGACAAUAGUACAAUA